AUGGUAACCGGAGGCAAAGGCAUCCUCCCUCCUUUAAAAGUUGGUGACAAUGUGCUGGUGUCAAACCCGUCGGUGGAUCGAGGGCAAGGAGAUACAGCCAACCUUCUUGCAGUGAUUAUAGAAGAAAAAGAUGGCAAAUUUCGUAUCGGGACUAAAGAAGGGAUUUUAAGCACAUGGCUGGAGCGGAACAGUUUGGCAUCAACAAAGUACUGUUCCCUAACGACUGGAGACAUUCAACAAAAUGAAUAUUCAUUACGAGAAUUUGUUAGAUUGAGGUCAGUUGGGACCGGACAAAGUUAUCAACGUUGUACUUGUCGUACGAAUUGCACAUCUAAAACGUGCACAUGUAAAAAAAAUAUGAUGACGUGUAAUUCAGCGUGCCACCCAGGCCAUAAUACUUGUGAAAAUGUUUAA